UGUCAAAACAGAGCGGAGAGCUUACAGCCUCUGAAUGGAAAUCUAACACGGCUUUUAAUCACAGAGUGGUUUGUGAGAAAUGGAGGUGACGGAGGAGGAGCGGAGGCAGGUGGAGGAGCAGGUGGAGUGGAUGAUGAGCGGUCAGGGCUGUGAUGUGACUCUGUGUGACGUUGGUCUGGAGCAGAGCAAGCCUGCGACUCUGAGGAAGAACGUCACCUACAUCGUCGCUGCUGUCAUCUUCAAUGAGAAGGAGGAGGUGCUGAUGGUGCAGGAGGCCAAACAGGACUGUUACAAGCAGUGGUACCUUCCUGCAGGGAGGAUGGAGGUGGGGGAGAGCCUGGUGGAGGCACUGAGGAGAGAGGUGAAGGAGGAGGCCGGCCUCGAGUGUGAGCCAAUCACCUUGUUGCUGAUCCAAGAGCAGGGACCACAGUGGAUCCGCUUCAUCUUCCUAGCCAGAGUCACAGGUGGGACGUUGAAGAGUCUGUCAGCAGCAGAUCAGGAGUCUCUCCAGGCCUCAUGGUGGGACAGACAGUCCGCUCUCACUCUGAGGGGACGGGACAUCCUCCGACUCAUUGAAUGUGGACUCAAGUACCAUCAGACACCCUGGCAUCCUGUCACAUUACCUAUGGAUAUGAGCUGCCGCCAUGUGGUGCAGAGACUCGUCCUGGUUUUUACCCAUAAUGAUGCGAAGAUCUGGGUCCUGGUCAUCAAAGCCCCCACGCCCCACCUCCCCACAGCAGCGGCGGUAAAAACCCACGCAGUGACCUGGGCGGCCAACAUGGUGGUGCAGGAAGCCAUGCCGAAAGCGUACUAUGACCACGACGUCAACACACUGGGCGUCUUCAGUCUGCAGCACAACGGCCGGCAGCACGGGAAGACGGACGGCGUGUGUUUCAACACGCUGGUGGCUCUGGUGCCCGACUACGUCCAACGCGACGAGGAUGGAGAGAAAAUAGAGUGGAAGCUGACGGGAAAACCUCCACCUGUAGAAAACUCUCGAUACGUGUGGUGUGAAGUCCGGAAAAUACCACUGAAAGAGAAACUGCUGGAAAUGACCAAAAACACAUCGAUCUUACCCAUCCACAGCCUGUACUGACCAAAUAAUGUUUCUGCAUCCCUCACAAAGAGGACUUUUAUUGUGAAAAGAAGAUAAUAACUGUAUACUUUAUGAAAGCUUUUAUUCUGAAAUAAUUUAUUUAUCAACAAGAGUGUUUGAAGAGUUUAAAUGUAAUCAAAAAGCAAUAAAUCUUAACAUUUAUGUCUGACUGUAUAAGAAAUGUCACUUUAGAAUGCUUUGGAUGGAAACUUAAAAACUAAUUCUGUGAGACCGUCUGAUCUGGAGCUGUAAACCUAGUUAGUUAGCCUAGCUUAGCCUAAAGGUGACAUAUGUUUAGACUUCAACUUAAGCCUCAAAGUUAUAUUUCAAACUCAGCAAACUGAUCAGCUGGUAGCACUACUAGCAUGCAGAAAAGCUUUAUUUACAUCUUAAGUAAAGAAGUCAUGGAAUUUUUAACAAACAGCAAAAACCUUUUCAGUGUUUUUCUGCCACAAACAGCCAACGGUGCAAGCUUAACAGUUAAACUAUUUUGCAUCCAAAUUAGUAUCAAAGUUAGCAGGAUAAAUAUGUAAACUGCUAACUUUCCUAACCCUUCCCUUCUUUUUAGCUCAUCCUGUCCCUCAAGUAUGAUCUUACAACCAGUGAUGGCUGGUGUAUUAUUCACCAGAGAGGGCGCUGUUUCUCACUGAUGGCCUGGGAUAGGUUCCUUUGUUAGCUUGAUGCCUACACAUGAUUGAACGCAUAAACUAAAAAAGUAUCAGAUCGCUGUAAUUUUGAUGCAAAUAAUGCUGAAAAUGAAAAAAAAAUCAGUUUUCAGUGGAUCGUUUACCAGUAAAGGUGUUCUUAGUUACUCCUUACUUGUCCAGUGGGGAUCUUCUGAGAUGCAUCACAUCUACACCAUAUCAAGAGGCAGACUUGGCUGAAAAAUAUGUUGAUUUUCAAGACAUUUCUUUGUCACAAACAUCCGCCAUGCAUUUUUGAUCCAGCAUACAAGAAUGUACUGUUAGACUGUUUGUUGUUAUGAAUGAUGAGGUAUGUGAAUAUGUAGUUUGGCUAGUCUGGGAGAUGCAAUGAAGGCUCGGUAGAGGGAGACUCAGGAUGGGGUUUAUUCUCAGACGUCAUUCUGCCUGAGCGAGUCUAAACCCAGACUGUACCCAGAAUUACAUGAG